GCUGCAUGGAUGCUGUUCCACUCUGCACCUCUCUGGCUUCUGGGGAUGGCUGUGGGGUUGUCCUGCUGCGGCUCUUCCAAACACUCCCUGUCUUAUUCCUAUCUGCAAGUGUCAGAGCCCAGCCAGAGGCUGCCCCAGGUUCUCUUCAUGGUCCACCUGGAUGACCAACCCAUCGCUCGCUAUGACAACCAAACCAGGAAGUUUGUGCCUCUGGUGCCCUGGAUGGAGAUGAUGGAGCUGAAAAGCUCUCUGUACCCUGAGUGGGUGUUCAGGUCUGACCUGGAGAGGGUCCAAAAUUUCCACUCCCGGAAUGAAGGGCUUCACACCUGGCAGGCAGUUUUGGGCUGUGAACUCCGGGAAGAUGGGAGCCAAGAAGGCUAUUUCCACUAUGGCUAUGAUGGGAUAGACUUCAUCAGCUUCGACAAGGAGACGUUCAGAUGGGUGACAGCUCAGCCCCAGGCCCAGAGGGUCAAGGAGAAAUGGGAGGAUGAUCCAAGGUGGUUCCAGGAAAAUAAACACUUCCUAGAGGACACCUGCAUUGUGUUGAUGAAGAAAUACUUGUCCGAUGGGAAGGAAGCUCUUCAGAGGACAGAGCCCCUGGUGGGGAAGGUGACCCGCAAGGUGGUCAAUGAGAGAUUGGAGGUCCUCAUCUGCCAGGCCUUUGGCUUCUACCCCAAGGAGAUUCAGGCCACCUGGAUGAGGGAUGGGGAAGUCUGCCAGUAUGAGACCCUCUGUAGGAACGUGGCUCCCAACUCGGACGGGACCUAUUAUCUCUGGCUCAGCAUUGAGAUUGACCCCAAGGAGAGAGACCAUUUUCUGUGUCACCUGGACCACGAAGGCUUGCAGGAGCCCCUGGUCUUGGCCUUGAAGGAGGAAACAAGUGAGAGACUGCAGCAUCCAGCCAGAGAGAGAUUUUCUCUGCUGGGGAUCAUCCCUGUUGUCCUGUUGCUGCCUCUGAUGCUGUUCCUCCUGAGACGUAAGGGAACUGGAAAUACCUUGGUGCUGAUGGGUGCCAGGAUCCCCUCCCCCACCCAAAAAACCACCUUCUCGUAAAG